GGUGCAUCAACUGUUAUCUCUUCCAAGAUCAAUCCGAACAGUUAUGCAAUAGCUUUCACCUUAUCGAUUAUUUGGGAUGUGUAGUCAUGUGCUUCAACUUUGCCAGUGGUAGUGUAAACGAGGAGACUACAGCUCCCGGCAGACAAAGCGGCUCGGUGCUCCACUAGUUUCACAUUGACUGUAGUUCGCUCUAGUUGAAAACCCGUUCAUGAUUCAGUUCAUUAAUAAAUAAAAUCGGUGUCAUGGCGGAAUCUGCAGCAUGUCCUGCUUUCCAGCUCGGAGGAGCCCGAUACAACCAGGGUUCAUUCUUUGGACGUCUGAGACACUUUAUCGAAAUCAUUGACCCCAGCACUCUGUUUGUAUCUGAGACACAGCUGAAAGAGAGCAUCAAACUCCUUGAUGACUAUAAACAUGGCACACUUCCACCUGGAAUCUCUGAUCUUCAGCUGUGGGAGGCCCAGAAGAUCAAGCAGGCCAUCAUUCAUCCUGACACAGGAGAGAAGAUCUUCAUGCCAUUUCGAAUGUCAGGUUAUGUGCCAUUUGGAACACCGAUUGUCAUUGGCCUUCUUCUCCCAAAUCAGACUGUGCUGUCUACCAUUAUAUGGCAGUGGCUGAACCAGAGUCAUAAUGCUUGUGUAAAUUAUGCUAACCGAAAUGCCACAAAGCCUACGCCCACCUCCAAGUUUCUACAAGGCUAUGUAGGAGCUGUGACCAGUGCUGUGUCUAUUGCAGUGGGACUGAAUGUUCUGAUUCAGAAAGCCAACAAGCUGAACCCUGCCACCAGAAUGAUAAUUCAGAGAUUAGUCCCCUUCCCAGCAGUAGCGAGUGCAAACAUCUGUAACGUUGGCCUGAUGAGACACAACGAGCUCUCUGAAGGUAUUGACGUCUUGGACAACAAUAGGAACGUGGUGGGAUCCUCAAAAAUUGCCGCAAGACAUGCGAUCAUGGAGACCGCUUUCACACGUGUGGUCCUCCCCAUGCCGAUCUUUGUCCUGCCCCCCAUCAUCAUGUCCUACCUAGAGAGGAUGCGUUUUCUGCAGAGCAACCGCAGAUUGUUGCUGCCCAUCCACAGCGUUGUGUGCCUGGUUACCUUCGGUCUCUCCCUGCCCGUGGCCAUCAGCCUGUUCCCCCAGAUGUCUCAGAUCGAGGUGUCUUGCCUGGAGCCAGAGAUUGCCAUGGCAACAGAUUGUAAGGUUGUGACCUACAACAAGGGUUUAUGAUGGAUGGCUUGGUGUAGGAGAGCAGAGCGGAGGACAGGGAGCAGGGAUGGAAAUGAGGGUGGAUUGUGAGGAGCUGUCAGGGAGCAUCCGCAGUUGGGUUUGUCUUUUAUAGCACAGCCUGUAAAUCCACAUGUACUAACAAACAUUCUUUAAACCUGUUCUUAAAAACCCAGCAAACAAUAAGUCUUCUGAGUCAGGGGCAGAUUUUGUACCUUUCCUUGUAGAAAUCUAAAGCAGGGAAGAUUCCCUGUAUGUAGAUAUGAUUUUUUUUAGAAGCUGUAAAAUCAGGUUGUAGAC